AUGUUGACGGAGUACCUACCCACUGCUCGGCUCGUGCUUUCGUGGCUCAUCAUCGUGUCGGCGUUCCUCAACUCGGGCUUUUCAGCUUGGCUGAUUGGUUUCCAAGCUUUACGAACGGUCAGCUUUAGUUCAUUGCAGGACAUACUCCCACAGGGCGAGGCGCGGGCCGGACUCCGCUGAUGAUGACGAUGACUGGCAACGGACACGUACGAUUUGCUGACCUUCGGACUCCGUUCAUGUGCCAUUCGCGCCCCAUUGCGACCCUACGACAGCACGGCUACCAAAAACCGGUCCCUGCGAUUCUCGUCAUCAGUUUUUUCGCCUUGUGUCUUCAGACAUUCUUCCUCUACUCCAAAGCGUUCCACACCUCGCGCGCAUGGACGACCAAGCUCGCGUUGUUCGUUAGAUCAAUCGCUUGCGAGUUGAUCGUCACCGGUGCUUUGGGCGGUAUGAUGUUGGUCAGCGUCGCGAAUCUUUCAUCAGAGUGAGUGGAGCGAUGUUGAUCUGUCAUGAUCGUGAGGGCUCGAAGAACCGCUUCGCUAACCGGGUGGCCCUUCGAUUGUCGGCUUCCGCUAAAUCUUCAAUUCAGCACGCCGGGGUAAGUUCAGCCCAUCUAUCGUCAAGCCCUGCCCGAAAAUCUAAUCUGAUUCUGAAUUUCGAUCCAUCAAAGCCUGCUGAGCUCUUGCGGCGGAUACCUCAUGUGCCGACUCUUGACGGCUGUUUUUGCUCUUGCCUGGCUGUGAGCUCGACUUUUGCGCUCGGACCCUCACUUCUGUGCCCCACUAAAGAGACCUCCGUACGACCCGAACUUUAGCAACGUCCUCUUUCUCGGCCUCUCCUUCACCUUCCUCCUCAUCUCGUUCCUCUACUUCACCAUCAAGCGUCGUCGCGCGAUCCCUGCCUUGACGGUCCCCUUCGGCGAUGUCAACUGGGCCGAAUAUUCCAUCCGUCGUUGUCGAGCACAGCAAACCCCGAUCCCUCUUCGAGCCUCACCACGAACGGACGAGUACAAAGAACCCCUCGAUAGCGGACGAGGUCAAGUCGACGAGGUAUUUGUUGUUGUUGAUACGACCGAGUCCGAGAAGGCUGAGCAAGCUACGACCGGUCUGGGCUUGCAUGAGCGCAGGAAGAGUCGUGAUAUUUGUGAGAUUCUCAAAGUACUUUAA